AUGGCAUUGACAGGAGUCUUCAUCCUGCCCAUCGCUCCAGGACAGUCGUCGCCAUCUUCAGCCCUGAUCUCUCACAUCUCGCGCUCCUUUCCUGCCGAACCUCUGCCGUCUUUCCACCUCGACUACCGCCUAUUCGUCGACACCUCCUCGCUGCUCCCCGGCUCCGACACAUCUCAGCGUAAGUCGGCCAGUAUCCUGACUCUGUCGCACACGCCUUUCAAGACCUAUGUCGCCACAAGUCCACCAAAGGACAAAUCUCAGCCGACGGAUCAGCCGACAACAUUUACCGUAGUGACAGUCCCCUCGAGCUCCGCCGACCCAUUCACCCAACUCAUCGGGACGAAAUUCCAACCACAAUGGGCCCACCGACAGUCCAUGAUUGUCGAUAGCGGCACGGCCCUGUCCCUGGAAAAUGGCCAGUGGGUGAUCCGCAUCGGAGAUUUAAAGACCCCUUCUCGCCAGACCCAAACGGGUUCCAACCUCAGAGGCAUGGUCGUCGAGGUCUCUUUCAUUGAGCAGCCCCAGCUUGACGCCACACGCAGUGCCAGUCAAGGUCUUCUCGAUGAUGCUGCUGCCCUGAAAGACGUCACUGCAAAAGGUGUGAGCAAAGAAGACGAGACCCUGUUACGUGGGUUUCUCGACUCGGUCACCGAUGGCAGCGGAGUGCCCUCGAUCUACAGCGUUGAAAAUGCUCGGUCCCUGAUUCGACGCACGAAACUUUAUGGAAAAGAUAAAGACACGAGCGAUGCCUCGCCGGACUGGGAUCUGGCAAACUUGUACCUAGACGUCCUCCGAGGACCAAGAGGCUAA